AUGGCUGCAGAGUGGGUGCCGCGACUGGCGGCGGCCGGACGCAGAGUGAUGGUACGGGUCAAUUCGCUGGAUACCGGUCUCACGAGCCAGGAACUGGAUAUGGUGGUGUGCCCGGAACUGGCCGGGAUAAGCGUAGGCAAAGGCGACUCAGCGUGGGACCUGCAGCAGGUUGACCGACUGCUGGGACCUUUGGAAUCCAGGAUUGGCAUUCCGCGAGGGACAAUCAGGUGGUGGCCCUGGAUGAAACCGGCGAUGGACUCGUCACGUUUGAUGAUGGCGCCGCGCAUCUCAGCGCAUUGUCGGGGUCGCAUUCGGCGCCGAGGAUUACACCAACGACAUGGGGGUGAUCCGAACCGAUUUUGGCGAGGAUGUUAUUACGCGAGAUCGGCGGUGGCGGUUGCCGCACGCGCCGCGCGUGUGGCGGCUCUGGAUGGUCCAUUCGUAGGGUUCCGUGACCCGGACGGGUUGCGCACCGAUGCCGGCACGGCGCGGCAGAUUGGCUUCACUGGCAAGUUUGCCAUCCAUCCGGCACAGAUCGACAUCAUCAACGAGACGUUCUCUCCCCAUCCCGACGAUGUGGAAUACGCCCGCACCGUGGUUGCAGCCUGGGAGGAAGCCGAAAGCGCGGGCCGCGGCUCGCUGUCCAUCGAUGGCGAAUGUUGGACGUGCCAGUGGUGA